GAACACCUGAGACAGACAGAGACAGAGCCAGAGCCAGAGGGAGGUUGAGUCUGAGUCUGAGUCAGCUACUCUUCUGACUGCAGAACACCAACAUGGCUGCUCUCAGCAGCAGCAGCAGACUCUUCAGGACCCUCCUGAGACCGGCUCAGACCAGGACCAGAACUGGACCUGGUCAACACAGGUGUGUGUCCUCUCUGCCUCCUCCUUCACCUUCACCUCCACCUCCUCCUCCUCCUCCACCGGGCACCUGGAGCUCCAGGCUGUCCCGGCUCUCCUACCGGGAUCUGUACCGGCUCUCGGUCUCGGAUCCGGAUCAGUUCUGGGGAUCCGCAGCCGCAGACCGGCUCCGCUGGGUGGAACCGUUCCACCGGGUCCGGGAUUGCGAGCUCAGCAGCGGGAAGAUCAGCUGGUUCCUGGGAGGGAAGCUCAACGUGUCCGUGAACUGUCUGGACGUCCACGUUGAGAAAGAUCCGGACCGAGUGGCUCUGAUCUGGGAGCGAGACGAACCGGGCACUGAGGUGAAGAUCACUUACAGAGAGCUGCUGGAGACGACCUGCCGCCUGGCCAACACCCUCAAGAACCAUGGGAUCCAAAAGGGGGACACGGUGGCCAUUUACAUGCCGGUGUCACCACUUGCGGUGGCGGCCAUGUUGGCGUGCGCCCGUAUCGGAGCGGUGCACACCGUGGUGUUUGCUGGCUUCAGCUCAGAGGCCCUAGCAGGGAGGAUCCAGGAUGCCCAGUGUAAAGCCGUGGUCACCUGUAAUCAAGGUGUGAGAGGCGGCCGACUCAUCGACCUCAAAGCUACAGUGGACGCAGCAGUGAAGAUCUGUCCGACUGUCCAACACGUCUUCGUCUCUCAGAGGACAGAAAAGCCUGCUGUGAUGGGACCGCUUGACGUCCCCCUGGAGGAGGUGAUGUCCUCCGUGUCCCCCGUCUGUCCCGCGGAGCCUCUGGACAGCGAGGAUCUUCUGUUUCUUCUCUACACAUCAGGAAGUACGGGGAAACCUAAAGGCAUCGUUCACACACAGGCUGGAUACCUGCUGUACACCUCUCUCACACACCAGUACGUGUUCGACCACCGGGACGGCGACGUGUUCGGCUGCGUGGCGGACGUCGGCUGGAUAACGGGACAUAGCUACGUGGUGUACGGCCCGCUGAGCAACGGCGCCACCACCGUCCUGUUUGAGAGCACACCGGUUUACCCAGACCCAGGCCGGUACUGGGAGACGGUGGAGCGUCUGAGGAUCACCCAGUUCUACGGAGCGCCGACGGCUCUGCGUCUGCUGCUGAAGUACGACGAGAGCUGGGUGAAGAAGUACGACCGCUCGUCUCUGAGGACGCUCGCAUCAGUGGGAGAGCCCAUUAACCACGAGGCCUGGCACUGGUUCCACAGUGUGGUUGGAGACGGACGCUGUCCUCUUGUGGACACCUGGUGGCAGACAGAGACCGGUGGCGUCUGUAUCGCCCCUCGUCCUGCAGAGGAAGGAGCCGCCAUCAUCCCAGCGAUGGCAAUGAGGCCGUUCUUCGGUAUCCAGCCUGAUCUCAUGGGAGAGGAGGGUGAACCUCUGUCAGGUGGCGGCGUCAGUGGCGCUCUGUGUAUCAGCCGGCCGUGGCCUGGGAUGGCUCGCAGCAUCUACGGAGACCACCAGAGAUUCAUCGACGCAUAUUUCAAACCGUAUCCUGGUUAUUAUUUUACCGGUGACGGAGCGUACCGGUCAGAGGACGGUUACUACCAGAUAACCGGUCGCAUGGAUGACGUCAUCAACGUCAGCGGCCAUCGACUCGGUACGGCGGAAAUCGAGGACGCUCUGGAUGAACAUCCAGCUGUUCCAGAAACAGCUGUAAUUGGAUUCCCUCAUGACAUCAAAGGAGAAGUACCGUUUGCCUUCGUGGUUUUGAAGGAGGACUGCGUUGACGACGUCCCCGUCGUCCUCCAGCAGCUCAGAGAACUCGUCUCCACAAAGAUCGCCAGAUACGCCGUCCCGGAGCACUUCCUGGUGGUGAAGCGGCUGCCGAAGACUCGCUCUGGGAAGAUCAUGAGGCGGAUCCUCAGGAAGGUUGCCACGGAGAUGACGGGUGACCUCGGCGACGUGUCGACUCUGGACGACCCGUCCGUCGUCAAGGAGAUCAUCGAGGCCCACGAGAAGUACAGGAAGCAAAAAUAAUAAAGGUAUACGUCAUUUAUUUCAGAAUGAUAUUGUUUGUGUGCCUUAUGUUGUCAAUUACUGGAACAACCUUGUAAAAGACCUCAAGUGGAAGAACAUCUGGACUCUACCCUAUAAGUAUCUUUCGACAAACAAAAUAAGAGAAGUAUCCUUUAAAAUCCUUCACAGAUAUUAUCCAGCAAGUCAUUAUCUUGUUAAA